GUAUUCGAGAAUCAGACCCUAUGGCACUGUACCCACGAGGGGUUCCCUUUCAGAUGUUGACGGUGCUUUAACACUAUUGUUAGACGAAAAAGGAGAAUUAUCACUUGAAACUCAAUAGCUACCAUUGCGAAAAUUGUUAACACAAAUAAUACACGAUAACGUUUAAUGAAGUGCACUGAUAACGAUGGUCAAGCAACCGCAGCGCACACAUUGCGACAGACAGCAAAACGUUGAAAUACAUUAGCAUGCGAUGCGUUUUCCUCAUUCGCGAGAGUAUUUCCAUCUCGAUCAGGUCGCGUUUUUUUUGUUUCCUUCCCUGCAUAACCAACCAAGUCGGUACUUGCGUCGAACAGUUGUCAAAGUUCGUACAAUUCUCUCGCAGAGUUCGUUUUCUAAAUCUCUAAAUCAUGAGUGAACAUUCUGGCGAACCGGAUUCGAACAAAUCCAAAAGCAAUCAAGAUGCCAGCUCGGUGACGGUGAAAACGAUGGACGGGAGUCUUUAUUCGGAGGUCGAAUCCGUAGCGCUGACAGUGGAUGGAUUUGGCACGGUGAAAGAUCCCUUAACGGGAGAAGUGCAACCGGUCAGAAGGUUUACCUGGAGUAAUGACUCGGGAAUGACGGUGCAGGUUAUUUCGUAUGGUGCGAUCAUAACCUCCAUCAAGGUGCCCGGAAUGGACGGAACCAUUGCCGAUGUCGUGCUUGGCUUCGACCACAUUCCAGGCUACCAAAUGGCAAACAAUCCGUACUUUGGGGCAACGGUGGGACGCGUUGCCAACCGCAUCGGGGGAGCGAAAUUUACCCUUGAAGGGGUGGAGUAUCAGGUGACUGCAAAUAUGGCCGAUCGACAUCAGUUACAUGGUGGUAAGAUUGGAUUCGAUAAGUUCAAUUGGAUUCCGCAUGUCGAGGGAACCGUGGUUACUUUGAGCCAUACCAAUAUGGAUGAACACGAAGGUUACCCGGGAACGGUUCUGGCUUCCGUAACGUAUGAAUUGAAAAAAGAUAAUCGUUUUGUUUGCAAGUUUCGAGCGACUGCCAGCAAACCAACGCCAAUCAAUUUGACCAACCAUUCGUAUUUCAAUCUAGCAGGCCAUCAUACCGGUCACGAAGAAAUUUAUCGCCACAUCAUCUCGGUCAAUGCUGACCGAAUAACAGAAACUGAUGAGGAUUCUAUUCCCACGGGGGAAUUUAUUUGCGUGGGUGGCACACCAUACGACUUGCGUAUACCAAGGGAGUUAGGUCCAGCCAUGUCUCGGGCACCAGGCGAAGGUUUCGAUAAUAACUUUUGUAUAACAAAAGGCACUGAGCAGACAAUGACCUUCGCCGCCCGGGUCACCCAUCCGCACUCAGGACGUGUACUGGAAGUCUAUACCGACCAGCCGGGAGUUCAACUGUACACUAGCAACUCUAUGCCGGAUCCCAACCGUAACAUCCGACCAAAACCUGUAAACGCACCGGAGUACUACGAUGUCACUCGAUUGGAACCGGUGGUCGGUUCGAUGAGUCCCGAACAACCCAUCAAGGGUAAAGGUGGUGCUAAGUACUUCAAACACGGAGCAUUUUGUUUAGAAACACAAAACUAUCCGGAUGCGGUGAAUCACGCCAAUUUCCCCAACUCGAUUUUGGUUCCCGGUGAGACGUACAACCACGAAGUAGUGUACAAAUUCGGACUCUGUGCGUGAAGAUGAAAGAAUUGUGAGAUUUUAAAAACCGUCAAGCAUGAGUCCUCCAAUAAAACUUUAUUUUUGAUUCGUCAUUAUA